CACAAGCGAUCUGUGGACUGCACAAAUGUCUCUUUGUUUCCAAAAGCACGAACUUGUGUACGCGCGAAUGAAUUGCGGUAUGAUCGGUAUCCAGUAUAGGAAAUGAUGAAGUGAAAUCGGAUACAUCGAGGGCGUCUGGUUAAAACAUUCGUUAUUACACAAAGCGUUACUUGUAUGCUUAUACAUAGAAAUGUGGGCUUUCAAUCAUAACUCAAUAUAAGUUUGUUUUUAAUGUAGAGCAUACGAUGAUUAUAUUCGAAGUAGGUGAACGAAAUCAUGUUCAAUAUAACUCGAUUUAUUAACGUGUUUAACUAUUAAUGUAUGACUUGAAUCGUGAUAAAAAUACAGACAACUAUUAAAUUUGCAAAAUACCAGAUAUGGAUUUUUCAGUUAUGCAUUUAUAUGCACUAUUUAGUUGACAAAAUAAACGGUAUUUAGUGUAUUUAUAUAUAUCGAUUACAAACCUGUGACAAAACUGAUGAAAUGUCUGGGCAGAACAACACGACAGUGGCAUCAACAGGUGACAACAACUUGGUGCUUAAUUACGGAACGGAACGAAACGUACCUUUAUGGCAGACAAUUGUUAACGCAACGCUGUUAUCACCUAUCAUCUUGCUCGGAAUUGUGGGAAAUAUGUUCUCUCUCUUGGUCUGGAUUAAAGGCCGCCGACGGAAGACCUCGACGGCAAGAUACCUGUCGGCACUCGCUUUGGCCGACAUUCUUGUGUUAGGAAUUCCCGCUACAGAGUUUUGGAUUGCAAAUGUGCUCCAUUUAGAUAUUAGAGCAACCAUUUCUGUUGCCUGUAGGUCUCUCGCAUACUGUGCAUUUCUCCUUCCAGCCAUCUCGGCCUGGAUCCUUGUGACCGUUACGAUUGAACGCACAAUCAGCGUGUGGUUUCCUCAUCGCGUCACCGUGGUAUGCCGCCCCAAUAUAGCCGUGAUCCUAGUCCUCGUAUGUACGCUGGUCUUGUGCUUAGUCUACCUGCCUGUUUACACCGGAAGUGGUUUACGAAGAGUUAUAAACGUACCUACAAAUGGCGACGUCCCGUUCUCCUAUGAUGAAUGCGGCAUUCUGGCGACAUCUCUCAUCAGCAAUAAUUUUGUUGUCAUAAUUAUCCUUGACCUGUGUGUCCUCUUCGUUUUUCCUUUUGGAAUAAUGCUGAUUUGUAACGUCUCGAUCCUGUUGAAGGUUAUCUGUCUAGCACGCAUGCGCAGAAACACCCUUCAAGAACGCGGAGGACAAACAAAGUCAACACGCGUUUGUAAAAGCCAGAAAAUGCUAAAAACCGUCACCCGCCGUAUAAUAAUACUAAGCACUACGUACUUCCUGUGCAACGCACCUUUAUGCAUAUUCAACAUUUUACUGAUGAAUUCAAAGAAGAACACUGUUUCAAUGGACCACGCUAGUAUUUAUAGAAAUGUGUUUCAUAUAUGCAUGUUUUUCAACAAUGGCGUCAAUUUUAUGUUGUACUGUUUGAUAGGAUCCGGAUUUAGAAAAGACUUAAUUGGAAUUUUUAAGUCUGGAAGUAGAUCUUCAUCAUCGUAAGAAAGUGACGGUAACAAUAAUUCUCACACUAAUCGCGAAUUGGUUUGUCCUAAAUUGGUCACUGUAUACGCUGGUUACCGAGCUUUAACAAUAGGUUGAAGCACUGCUAUAAUUUACCUAUCCACAUAAAGAAAUUACAUUAUUUAGACCAAAUGGAGCUGCAUUCGUCUUAAACAACACGAUAUUCGACAUUUAAUGUGUCAUCUUAGGUACACUAGAUAUUUUAUGAUAAAAUACGAUGUCAUACAUACUUUAUAUAAAUUACAUUCAAUGACAAAACAUUCUUUCAGAAAUGCAAUAUGCUUAGCAAGCUAUUCAACAAAAUAAAAUAAUCACGUAUAAAAUGAAAUAUGAACAAAUGUGUUAUAUUUUUUAGACAAACUGUAAUUGUCGUUAAAUGUUAAGUAUGCAUGGCUUAUAUUAAAAAAAUAUUUGAUGCUGGUCUCAAAUGUGGUAUAAGAUGGUUGUUUCGUAUAUGUGUUUUGUCUUAAUGUAAUGGAUACAGAGACGACUUCUAUAGUAACUUCUAUAUAAAUAUAUCUUAACAUUUCAAAGUUCAUCCUGAAAUGUGAUUAGAUUGAAACUAUUGUUUCGAUUCUGAUAAAAACAACAACAACACAGUCAAAAAAAAACGAUUAUAUGUUCGUAAUGGUUAUAAAGUGUUUCGAGUGUUGCCUUUUAUUUGUAUACUAUGUUAAAGAAUACCGUAGUCAAAUAAUUAGUACUAAAAAAAUUAUGCCAUAUGAUAUGUAUGUGCGUUUCUGUUAUUAUGUUAUUCCUUAUCAUUUUGUUUUAUUUUUGCUAACUUUGUUUUAUAAAAUAACGAAACCGAAUGACAAAUUA